AUGGAUUUGGAAGCAGUAAAGAGAUACAUAGAGAAAGGAGGAGAUGAAGAUGACAAGAAAGCAACGACCAUUGAAGAAGUGCCUCUCAGAUUCUUUGAAAGGUUCGUAAUGGAAGGACUUCAUAUUGAUCACAUUGAACCUGGCCGUGUCGUUUGCUCCAUGAAAAUCCCUCCUCGUCUUGUGGAGAAAAUGACUGCCAAGAAACCCAAGAGGAAAAUCAAGCAUCUCAUCUCUGCAAUUCAAUCUCCACAGGGUCUAAAUCCACCCAACCUCAAAAGACUCUAUGCUCUACUUCACCAUUUAUCUACUUUGGACUCCCUCAUAAGUGGCAGUUUCUCACACAGGAAGUUUAAGAAGUGUGGAUUCAAUUUCAAACUUAAAUAG